AUGGCGACGGCGGGCGAAGGGUGGAUGGCCAGGAGACUCGUGUUUUUGCCGACAACAGCAAGCUCGACGGCGGCGGAGACGUCUUCUGUACUGCGAGCUCGACGACGGCGGUGGCGUCUUAUUGGCAGAUGCCAUGAUCGAUUUUUUCGUAAAGCUACUGGAGUUGCCAGCAAUGCAUGCAAAGCGGCAAGAGUUGGCUGCUCAGUUUUUCUUGUACUGCCAAGAUGGAAGAAAUUGGAGCUCGGGUUCUUCUUCUCACCGGCAGAAGCACAAGCAGGGGAGCUCCGGGUGGCAGCACGAGCAGGCCCGCCGGGGAAGAGCAGCAACUUGCAGCAGAAGAAGCUCGAGGUUGAGGAUGAGCUUGAGUUCCAGGCCCGCCUGGAGCUCCAGGUCCAGGCGCUCGAGAACCAGGCGCGCGCAGGUCCUGUGCGGCACCGGCGCAGGCCCUGGGCGGCGCGAGGGAUAGCAGCGCAGCCCUGGGCGGCGGGAGGGGAUAGCGAUGCAGCCCUCGGCGGCGGAAGGGAUCGGGGCAGGAGAGGAUGGCGGCGGGGCAGCGCCCUUCAGCAGUGGAGCCGCCGCCCGUCGAGGUGGUCGCCGCGGAGGAGCAGGUGGACGGCGCGACGCAGCUCGCCUCCGUGCGGGCGACGCAGCUCGCCUCGGGCGGCGCAGGUGGGCAGGGGCGGUGGUGGUUCACAGCGGUGGCGCAGGCCCUGGCCGUUGUCACGCGCUCGGCCCUAUGGUGGGUGCCGACGGUGGCGCGAGGGACCACAGUGCGCGCCGGCGACGGAGAAAGGAGGAAGAAGCAGCGGGGUGUGAUUAGCAAGAGAUUUGAAGCUAGAAGGGGUUUUCUGCAAAAUUGUAAAUGAACUAAGCAGUGGACAACUUUUUCCGGACUGAGGGAGUACGUGGACCAUGCAUACAUGCAUG